AUGUCCUCCGGAUUUGUCUCCGCCGGUACCGCCAUUCCAGAAGACACGUCUAACGAGCCCCCUCGCCUUGACCCAUGGAGUGCCGCCCAGGAGGCUGUUGAAGCGGCAAGGAAGCCGAAAGAGGAGGAAGCGCAGGACGAGCGAAGCUUGUACGAGAUCCUACAAGCGAAUAAAGGUAUUGCGCUGUCUCCAUACAAAGGGAGAGUCGCUAAUCGUGGUGAAUUGGUAGCAAAGAAGCAGGAAGAGUUUGAAGAGAAGUUGAAGUUCAAGAACCAGUUCAAGACACUGGACGAGGAUGAUGUGGACUAUCUGGUACACCCCCCCCCUCCCCACUGAAGUUCUUCGAGCGCUCUUGAGAUUAAUUGGUGCAGGACUCAAUUCUGAAAACAGAAAAGGCGGUUGAAGACGCGCGGAAGGAGGAACUCGAGAGCCGGCUCGAUGAUUUUCGGAGACAACAGUCAGAGGCUGAUAAGUCUGGUGGUGGAGAUGGUGGAGAUCAGGAUACGGCUUUGUGGGCUAGUGGAAAAAAGAGGAGGAGGAAGGAGGUGGCUAGUAGAACGUUGGGGGUUAAGGUUAGGAGGAGGAGUUCUACGACUAGAGAGAAGCCGUUGGAGAGGGACCCCGGAAAAGAGAGAGGGGGGGCGCUUGCUCAAGAAUCGAAGGAGGAAGAGAAGAGGAAUGGGGAAAAGGGAGCUGGGAUAAUGGGCCUUGUAGCUUACGGGAGUGAUGAAGAUGAUAGUUGA